AUGACGUUCCUGGAUGUCGAUGCUAGGUCGGAAGACCAGCCUGAUGGAAGCACAUCCGCCGGCUCGUGGGACCACGUGAGCAACAUCAACAAUGAGCCGUCCGAGCUGCCCGGUCAGGCCGACUCGCAGGGUCCGGUCCCUGUGGCCAUCUGCGGCAUGGCCAUGAGGCUACCGGGGAAUAUCUCGUCUGGCGAACAGCUCUGGGAUUUCCUUAUCAACAAACGUAAUGCUCGCGACGUAGUCCCUACCGAGCGAUACAACUCUGCAGCGUUUCAUGGCGGGCCCGAGGGGCGAAGUCGCCAUGGUUAUUUUCUGAAGGAUGUUGAUAUUGAGAAGUUCGAUGCCUCCCUAUUCACCAUGACACGGGCUGAGCUGGAGUGGCUGGAUCCCCAAGUACGGAUAUUACUUGAGUUGACAAGAGAGUGCUUUGAGAAUGCCGGUGAGGUGAGGUGGCGUGGAAGAAAGGACAUCGGGUGCUACAUUGGCACAUGGGGGGAGGACUGGAAGGAACUUCACACAAAAGAUACCCAGAGUGCCGAAGACGGCUACAGUGUGACCGGAAUCAUGGACUUUCAGUUUUCAAAUAAGAUCUCCCACGAAUACGACCUCCAGGGACCCAGCUUUGUGGUCAAGUCGGCCUGCUCAUCAUCUCUCAUUGCCCUUCAUGAGGCUUUCAGGGCGAUACACGCUGGCGAUAUCAGAGGCGCCCUCGUCGGCGGAGUUAACAUGCUCCUGAGCCCGACGCAGACGGCAGGCAUGUACAAGGCCGGCGUGCUCAGCCCACGGGACCAGUGCAGGUCCUUCGACGCCUCGGCCGACGGCUACUGCCGCGCAGAGGGCGUCAACAUGAUCUACAUCAAGAGGCUGGACGAUGCGCUGAGGGACGGGAACCCCGUCCGAGCUAUCAUCCGCGGCACAGCGACUAACGCCGAUGGAAAGGGCGAGGGUCUCUUUGCCCCGAGCGCCAUCGGCCACGAGGCGCUGAUACGGUCGUGCUACGAGAGCGCGGGUAUCGAAGACCUAGGGAGGACGGCGCAUUUCGAAUGCCAUGGUACGGGGACCAAGGCUGGAGACCCGACCGAGACGACGGCUGUUGCCAACGUUUUUGGGGAGCAUGGGGGCAUCAGUAUUGGUUCAAGCAAGCCAAAUCUUGGUCAUUCCGAAGGUGCCUCCGGUAUCACCUCAGUCAUCAAGAGCGUAUUGGCCCUCGAAAGGCAAACCUUGCUGCCAAAUAUUCACUUUGAGAAUCCGAACCCCAGCAUCCCAUGGGAGCGCGGUCUGCAUGUGCCUGUGGAUGCGACCCCCUUGCCCGAGGACCGUGCCGAACGCAUCAGUAUCAACGCAUUUGGAUUGGGCGGCAGCAAUGCCCAUGUUAUUCUUGACUCGGCCCGGUCAUUUGGUGUAGGCACACCUGCAGCGGACGAGACAACUGAGGAUCAACAAGCUAUUGAAUCUCAGCCCAGGCUUCUUGUAUACACCGCAAACAACGCCGAGUCUGCCAAGACUGGCGCAGAACGGCAUGCUCAAUUUCUUGCAGACACCCCUGAUGCGCUCGCUGACGCGGCCUACACUCUCGCCGUCCGCCGAGAGCAUUUGACGUGGAGGACCUUCGCUGUCACCGACGGCUCCCAGGUCCCACAGUUCCUGCCUCCAAGCAAGCUGGCAAAUUCAAAGGCGGCUCCAGAUGUCACUUUCGUGUUCACGGGCCAGGGGGCCCAGUGGGCAACGAUGGGCAGUAAAUUGUUGUCUGCAUAUCCCACGGCCAAGGACGACGUUGCCCUGAUGGACAAAGCACUCUCGAAGCUUGAGCCCGGGGUGGCACCAAGCUGGACUAUCGCAGAGGAGCUAGGCAAGUCAAAACAGACAAGCCAGGUCGGCAAGGCCGAGUUCUCCCAGCCUCUAUGCACCGCCAUCCAGAUCAUCAUCGUCAACAUCCUUCGAACCUGGGGCGUCGACCCGGCCGCCGUCAUCGGCCAUUCCAGCGGAGAGAUCGCAGCUGCCUAUGCGUGUGGGGCACUCACCAUUCAAGAGACCAUCAUCUGCGCCUACACUAGAGGACUGGCCACCAAACACCAGGACAAAGCCGGCGCGAUGGCUGCUAUUGGCCUCGGCGCGGAUGAGGUCAGGCCACUUUUGCCCGAGGGAGUCGUCGUUGCUUGCGAAAACAGCCCAAGCAGCACAACCUUGUCGGGAGACUCAGAGGGGAUAGAUCGUGUGAUUGAGAUGCUGAAGAACGAUGCUUCCGAGCGUGAGAUCUUUGCUAGGCGCUUGCACGUUGACAAGGCCUACCAUUCGCACCACAUGAAGGAGCCGGGUGUCCUAUACGAGCGACUCCUGGCACCUCAUAUCACCAGCAAGGCGGCUUCAGUCCCCUUCUACUCGACGGUAACGAAUCAGGUGAUCCACAGCGAAGGCUGCUUGAGUCCUAGCUACUGGCGCUCAAACAUGGAGCGCCCGGUACUCUUCAACACAACAAUGCAGAAGCUACUCCAGGAGCGCAAGUCAUCUGGGAACUGGAUCCUUCUCGAGAUAGGCCCCCACUCAGCUCUGGCAGGACCCAUUCGCCAGAUACUGAAGGCGGCACAGACACCAGCGGCUACCUACGUGUCCACCUUGACGCGGGACUCGGACGAGACCCGUGCCAUGCUCUCGGCGGCGGGACAGCUUUUUGUCAACGGCGCCGACAUUCGCUUUGAUGUUAUGAACCCAUCUGGACGGGUGCGGACCGACCUGCCUAGGUACCCAUGGCACAGAGACGCAAGGUACUGGCACGAGAGCCGGUUGUCAAGCGAGUGGCGGAAGCGGCGAUUCCCUCACCAUGAGUUUCUGGGGUCUCGCGUUCAUGACUGUGGUGACCUGGAGCCGGUGUGGAGGAACGUGUUGAAGCUGGGUGAUGUUCCCUGGUGUCGUGAUCAUGUUAUUGCCAGAGAUAUUGUGCUCCCGGCCACGGCGUACCUGGUGAUGAUCUGUGAAGCAGUCAGGCAGCUGACCGGUUCUGAGGAAUACUCGCUGCGGCAGGUCACCAUCAGCGCCGCGUGUAUACUGCACGAGUCCCAGCCGACCGAGCUUGUGCUGGCAAUGAAGCCCGUCAGGGUCACGAACUCACUCACCUCCCCCUCGUGGUACGAAUUCACCAUUUCGUCGUCGUCGUCUUCCUCCGCUUCCAACAAAUCAACGUGGACCAAGCACUGCGCAGGCCAGGUCAGGGCGGGCGCCGACGAGGGCAUGAGGCCAGAGCCACACCGCGAGAUCUUCGACCUCCCCAGGAAGGUCAACAUGGCGAGCUGCUACCAGGCGGUACGGGAGACAGGGCUCAAGUACGGGCCAACGUUCCAGCGGCUCGGUGGAGUGUCAGCGUACCCGGAGAGCGGGCGCAUCGUGCGGCGGCUGACCAACGAGGUGCCCGACGUAUCGCAGCCGGAGCAGCCUUCGCACUACCACCCCGUCACGCUCGACUUCUGCUUCCAGCUGUUCCAGCUCGCCUCGAUGCACGGGCUGGCUCGCAACUGCCGCGCCAUGACGGUGCCGACUUACCUGGAUGAAAUGUACAUCAGGCGGCCAACGCCGGACGCACAGCUCGCCGCCGAGGUCACCUCGCGGCUGGACGGCGCAGGCGGCGUGCUCGGCGACUGCGUCGGCGUCGCGGGCAACGGUGAGGUGGUUAUGAGGCUUCGUGGCUGCCGCAUGACCUCGCUCGACGACAACGGUGAGAAGGCUGGUGUGCAAGACCCGCACGCUGCCGCCCGCGUUGUGUGGCGGCCUGACCUUGACUUCCAGAGCAUUGCCGGGCUUGUCUCAACCGAGAACACUACCCGGAGGCCCACCGAGACGUUGCAAAGGCUCACUCUUCUCUGCUGCAUCGACGCCCUGGAACGCGCCGGCGCAGGGGCUGGCGUGGACGUCCCAGAGCACCUCGUCAAGCUCCGGGGGUGGCUCGGUGACCGCGUGCGGCUCGCGCAGCAGGGGCAGUAUCCGUUCGUCGACGAUGCGGCGGAACUCGUGCGACUGCCGGCGGACGAGCGGGCACAACUACUGGACGAGGUGACGGCGCAGCUCGAGGGGUCCCCGGUUGCCGUGGUGGCGACAGCGCUGCGGCGCGUGCUGGGCGCCAUCGAGGGCAUCUUCAGCGGCGAGGUCAACGCGCUCGACGUGCUCCGGCAGGACGACAUCCUGACGCAGGUGUACAACCUGGGCCACAGGUGGGACUUCUCGCGCUUCCUGCGCCUGCUGGGCCACCGCAGGCCGCACCUGCGCGUCCUCGAGAUCGGCGCCGGGACUGGUGGGACCACGGAGCUGGUGCUCAAGGGGCUCUUCCCCGACGCUGGCGACCGCAUGUUCCAGUCGUACGUGUUCACCGACGUCUCCUCGGGCUUCUUUGGGGCCGCGAGGGAGCGCUUUGGCCACGUGCCGGGCAUGGAGUACCUCACGCUGGACAUCUCGCGCGACCCGGGCGAGCAGGGCUUUGCGCUCGGGUCGUUCGACCUCGUCGUCGCGGCCAACGUCUUGCACGCCACGCCCAGCCUCUCUGAAACGCUGAAGAACGCGCGCAGACUGCUCCGGCCGGAUGGAAAGCUGCUGUUGCAGGAAAUGUGGACCGAGAGCAAGGCUAUGAACUUUGUCAUGGGUACCCUGCCGGGCUGGUGGCUCGGUACUGAAGACGGAAGGGCGCAAGAGCCUUAUGUAGAUCCCGAGCGAUGGGCCCUCGAGCUCUCCAAGGCGGGUUUCUCCAAGCCAGAAGCGGUGGUCCCCGACGACGAGCUGCCCUUCCAGGACGAGGUCGUCAUCAUCGCGUCUCCAGCUGUCGAGAGGAGCACGACCAACACCGUCUCGCUGCUCUCCGGACAGCCAGACGGAAGUGUCGCCACAACAAUCUCCGCAGCCCUACAGAAGCGAGGCAUGACGGUGGACAUUGUCUCUGUGCGCGACGAACCGAAGCAGGCGGUCAUAUCUAUCCUCGACCUGGAGGGUAGCUCGUUCCUGAACGGCAUCGCAGGCAAGGACUACGAGCAACUGAGGGACUUCAUGAUCAAGACGGGCACCAAGGACGGCAUCCUCUGGCUGACACGGCCCUGCCAGCUCGGGUGCUCCGACCCACGGUACGGCUCCAUCAUAGGGCUGGCGCGCGUGCUGCGCAACGAGCAAAAGAUCAACAUCGCCACGUUGGAAAUGGAUGAGUUCACCAGCGAGGGCUCAAUGGACGCCGUCUUUGGCGUCUUCCAGCGCAGCCGCAACCAGCCUGCCACAAGCGAUGACGACGUCAAUCCCGACAGCGAGUGCUCGUGGAGCGGGGGCUCACUAUACAUCCCGCGUUUCCACUGGUUCUCAAUAUCCAAGGAGCUGGCCGAGAGAGAUUCCAACUGCUCAGUGGGGAUCAAGAAGCUCGAGAUAGGCAAGAGGGGCUCCCUUCAGACCCUGGAGUGGAGGGAUGCGCCACCGUUGGCGCAGCCUGACUCUGGAGAGGUGCUGGUGGAAACUCGUGCCGUGGGCAUGAACUUCAAGGAUGUGCUGAUCGCCAUGGGCAUCGUCGACGGGAACGAAGAAGGCGCCAGCGGCCUCGGCGUCGAAUGCUCCGGGGUCGUCACAAGGUUAGGUCCAGACGUCGUCGACCUCCAGGUGGGAGACCGGGUUGCCGUCAUCGCCACCAGCUCCUAUUCGACUGUUCUCAAGACCCCAGCGGACAUGUGUGUCAAGAUCCCAGACGGCCUCAGCUUCGAGGAGGCGGCCACGAUGCCAAGCGUCUUCGGAACCGUCAUCUAUGGGCUGCUUCAUCUGGCAAAUUUGGAAGCAGGACAGACCGUCUUGAUACACUCGGCGUGCGGCGGCAUCGGCAUCGCGGCAAUACAGAUCUGUCGAGUGGUCGGUGCCGAAGUCUUUGUUACUGUAGGGACCGACGAGAAGGUUGAGUAUCUCAUGGAGACAUUUGAAAUCCCGCGGGACCGCAUAUUCAACUCGAGGAACUCGGAGUUCCUGCCGGGAAUUCUGCGUGAGACGGCCGGGAAAGGCGUUGAUGUCGUGCUCAACUCCCUAUCCGGGGAGCUUCUCCAUGCUUCGUGGAAAUGUGUAGCCGAGUUUGGAUGCAUGAUCGAGCUGGGUAAGCGUGACUUCAUGGGGCAGGGGCGCCUGGCCAUGGAGGUCUUCGAGGAGAAUCGGUCCUUCUUCGGGGUGCACAUGAUACCGCUCUGCAAGCGACGCCCGCGUCUGAUGCGCAGAGUUCUGGAGAGGAUGAUGGACCUGUACCGCUUCGGCUCAAUCAGGCCGAUUCAGCCCAUGCAGGUCUUUGACGGCGCCAACAUCCAGGAGGCGUUCCGGUUCAUGCAGAAGGGGAAGCACAUGGGUAAGCUAGUGGUACGCAUGCCCGAGAAUACUUCACUGCUGCACACUGCUCCGGCUCACGUUGGGCUCUCGCUACGGCCCGACGCCUCCUACCUCCUGAUCGGUGGGCUCGGCGGGCUGGGCCGGGCCAUAUCGACGUGGAUGGCCGAGCGCGGGGCGAGGAAUCUCAUCUACCUGUCCCGCAGCGCUGGCAAGGGUGCCGACGACGCGAACCUCGUCGAGGAGCUGGCGGCGAUGGGUUGCACGGCGCAACUCGUCCAGGGCAGCGUGACGAGCGAGGAAGACGUCCGGCGGGCUGUGAAGAAUGCCCGGCUGCCCAUCGCCGGUGUUAUACAGAUGUCGAUGGUCCUGAGGGAUGGCAUGUUUGAAAAUAUGACAUACGAGGACUGGACAACAGCAACAGCGCCCAAGAUCGACGGAACCUGGAACCUGCACACGGCGCUCGCGGAUAACGACCUCGACUUCUUCGUCCUCUUCAGCUCCCUGGCAGGCCUCAUCGGCCAGCGCGGCCAAGCCAACUACGCCAGCGCAAACACCUUCCUCGACUCGUUCGUGCAGUUCCGCCACGCUCAGGGCCUCGCAGCCUCGGUCCUGGACCUAGGGCCCGUCGUCGAUGUCGGCUACGUCAGCCAGAACGCAAAGGUCAUGAACCAGCUGCGCGCCUUCUCCAACCACAUCCUGCGCGAGCAGGACGUCAUCGACGCCCUCGAGCUGGCCAUGAAAAAAUCCUCCCCAGCCCUCAGCCGGUGGGAAGAGGAGUCGUCGUCGGAGUCAGGGGGCCCACUCGCCGCGUACGUGAGCGGCGGCCAGGUGGGCCUGGGUCUGCGGACCACGCAGUCACUGUCGGCGACGCACAACAAUGUGGCAUGGAAGCAGGACCCACGCAUGAGCCAGUACAGGAACCUGGCGCUGGCGGGCGACAUCCCGGGCACCUCCGCUGGUGGCGGCCAAGCCCAGGCCGCCGACGACGGUGGGCUCAAGUCGUUCCUGGCGGCGGUCGAGUCGGACCCUCACCUCCUGGGACAAGAGGACCGCGUCCUGGAACUGGCGGGCCACAUCCAGUCCACGCUGGGCGGCUUCAUGAUCCGGCCGGCCGAGGAGCUGGACAUCCGCGGGGCUAUGUCGGCGCUGGGUGUCGACUCGCUCGUGGCUAUCGAGCUGCGCAAUUGGUUCCGCCGGAGUAUGGCGCUUGACGUCAGCGUCCUGGAGAUCGUGCAGGCCGAGUCGCUAGAGGGGCUCGCGCGGGUGGCUUCGGAGCGGAUGAUGGCCAAGCUUGGCGUCGAGAUUGUGGCAGGGGAGGAGCCGGUGUUGGUGGAAGGCUGA